ACGCACAUCUCCAUCAGCUGGGCCGGUGUCUUCAGGAAGAAUCAUUAUCUCAACUCAACCCAACAACACCCCCAUCAGUACAAUCAGUACAAUGGGUAUAACACCUGUAGCUCCAACAACAACAAGAAUGACCCCACCCACUACCAUCCCUGUAACAACAAAUACUUACACUACAGCAUCUGUAACCCACGAACACGGAGCCAUGACAACAACUAUCAACACCCCUCCACCCGCGACUCCAUCCACCCUUACAACCAGUACAACACCUGUAGCUCCAACAACAACCAGAACAACCUCAACUCCAACCCCACCCACUACCAUCCCUGUAACAACAUAUACUUCCGGUACAGCAUCUGUAAUCCACGGAGCCAUGACAACAACUAUCAACACAACUCCACCCACAACCAGUACAACCAGUACAACACCUGUAGCGCCAAAUACUACCAGAACGACAAAAACUUCUCCUUCUCCUUUGACUACAACUGCACCUCAACCAACAACCCUAUCAUCGACCACCUCUCCACCUGCCUCUCGUUGCUCCAUGAACUUCACUGAGGUCCACCCUAGUUCCAGCUCCGUGGUGGUGACCUUCACCACGAACAGUGUCUCCUGCUCCUUCAGCCUGUCUGAGGACUCUCGGACUGAGGCCUCUGAGUGUGACCGGGAGGGAAGUUCUGGGAUCAUCUUUACCUGUCGGGUAACAGAUCUGGAUCCCGGGACUUUGUACCAUUUAACUGUGACGUCCAAUGAGGACCAAGAGAGGAUACGCUGCUCGGUGCGCACAGACCCAGUGGGUCCGGCUCACUUAGAACUCCAGCUGGACCAGGUCCAGACUCAGUAUGAAAGCCAGUCCGUGGUCCAGAGUGGUUCUCCAGGCCUUCGGGUGUCCUGGUCUCGUUCUGCAGGUCAUGUGGACUGGUAUGAUGUCAUUCUGGAAAACACCAGCUCUGGAACCACCCUCAGGACCAGAAUCAUGGACUCUGCAAUACCCCAGUCUGGCUUCAGCUCUCUUAUACCUGGGACUUUGUACAAUGUCAGCGUGGUGGCUUCAGCUGGGAACAAGAGCGCUCCACCUGUCCACAGGAUGGCCUCUACAGCUCCGUCGUGCGUCCUUGGCAUUCAGGUGGCGUCCUUGUCCUCAGUUGGCCUCCAUGUGUCCUGGCGAAGUGGUCCGGGCAGAUCGGAGCGUUUCAGGGUUCUGCUGAUGGAUCAGGACCGGAUUCCUUUGAAGAACUUCACUCUGCCAAACACUGUGACGUCCACCGAGCUGGACGGACUGCAGCCUGGAACACGCUACACCGUCACAGUUGUUGCAGAGGCUGUCGGUCUGACGAGCUCCACCUCCAAACAGGCCAUAACAGUGCCAGCACCGGUCUCAAAUCUGAGGUUGAACAACAACGGCAGCUCAGACAGUCUACAGGCCUCCUGGGUGUCACCUGAAGGAGGCGUGGACGUCUAUCUGGCAACCUUGUUGGCUAAGGGGUCGGCCGCCCAGGAGCGCAGUCUGCCUCUCAACGCAACCUGGGUGGUCUUUGAUGGUCUGAUCCCCGGUCGUAGCUACUGGCUGUGUAUCAAGACCAUUGCUGGAGGACUGAGCUCAGAGACAUGUACCAGCGGGACCACAGUCCCUCAGUUGGUAUCGACUCUCUUAAUGACGCCUCUCAGUGACGGCAGGACUCUGAGGAUUGGCUGGUCGCCCCCCAGAGGAGACUGGGAUAACUACAGUGUCCUGCUGAGGGACGGUUUGUCGGUUUUGGUAAAUCAGACCAUCAGUAAACUGAGAACCGAGCACCUCUUCUCCCUCCCUAGUCUCGUGCCCGGUAGACUCUACGGGGCUGAGGUCACGGUCCAUAGUGGCAUUCUGGGUAACACUGCUCGCUGCCAUAGACGACUGGCCCCUGGUUCCGUUCAGCAGCUGCUCGUCCAUCACGCUGAUGAGACGUCUCUGAGCGUCUUCUGGAGUCCACCAGAUGGUGAAUGGGAUGGCUUCACCGUGGUACUGAGAGAGGUGGACCAUGCUACUUUCGUGGCUCAGAGGAGCCUCCCCUCAGAGGCCAGCGAGUGUACCUUCAACACCCUCACCUCAGCACGCCUGUACGCAGUCACCGUGACGACCAACAGUGCUGACCUGACCAACUCUACCUCUGUGACCGCCUGGACCAUUCCAGCUCAGGUUAACAGGCUGCAGGUCUCAAGCGGUGGCAGCACUGACAGCCUGCAGACGUGGUGGGAUCGAGGCACCGGUGACCCAGACUCGUACCGCGUACUUCUGGUCCAGGACAGCAGCGUCAUCAAGAACGAGAGUGUGUCGGCCAAUGCCACCGGCAUCAGCUUCCAGGCUCUAAGGCCAGGAACUCUGUACAGGGUGGUGUUGACCAGCGUCAAAGCUGGACAGACCUCCAGACAGACUGUGGCAGAGGGACGCACGGCCCCAGCUGCAGUGGGUGAGGUCACAGUGAGUAACAACGGCCGUAUGGACUUCCUGAGCGUGUCGUGGCGUCCGGCCCCCGGGGAGCUGGACGGUUACCUGGUGACGCUGAGUGACCGGCAGAGGACCCUUCACACCGUUUCGGUGUCUAAAUCCAGUCAAGACUGUGUCUUCAACUCUCUGGUGUCGGGACGUCUCUACAACAUCUCCAUUGCCUCCCGCAGUGGCCCCCACCUAAACCACACCUUCAUCCAGGAGAGAACGCAGCCGUCGCAAGUCCAGAACCCGACAGCGACCCACGCAGCGCGCGAUGACUACCUGAAGGUGUACUGGCGUCAAGCGUCUGGAGAUUUUGAUUUCUACCAGGUGUCCAUCAAAUACAACAACUUGUUCCUGCAGAACCAGACGGUUCUGAAGACGCAGAACGAGUGUGUGUUCAAGGGCCUGGUGCCCGGCCGACUCUACACCGUGCUGGUGAGCACAUGGAGUGGGAAGUACGAGACCAGUGCCUCCACUCACGGCCGGACCUUUGCAGCAGCCGUCCGGUCCCUGGUUCUUGCUGGACGGGGUACAGAGGACCUGCGUGUGGCGUGGUCCGCCGCCCCGGGUGACGUGGAUCACUACGAGGUGCAGCUGCUGUUCAACGACAUGAAGGUGCUUCCUCCGAUCACUCUGGGCAGCGGCGUGGGGGAGUGUCUGCUGUCAUCACUCACACCCGGACGCCUCUACAAGAUCCUGGUUUCUACUUUCAGCGGCCCCAACCAAAGAGCCCAGUUCAUCGAGGGCCGCACAGUUCCCAGUAAAGUGAAGAACAUUCACAUCAGUAACAGUGGAGACAGCAGCAGUCUGAGGGUGAGCUGGACCUCCGGUCAAGGCGACGUGGACCAGUACUCCGUGUCUCUGUCCCAAGAAGACAGACAGCUCGACGUCCGGACCGUCCUCAAACACCACAGCGAGGUGUCGUUUGGCUCCUUGCAGCCGGGACAGAAGUACCGCGUGACGGUGCAGUCGGUCAGUGGAGAGCUGGUUAACAACAGCACGGCCACGGGGCGCACAGUGCCCUUGGCCGUGACGGCUCUCCAGGUGGAGGAGCUUCACCUCUCCUGUGGCCUUCAGGUGAGCUGGCAGGCAGCUCUGGGCGUGUCUGACGGAUACGUUCUGCAGCUCCUGGACCAGCAGGGCGCUGUGCUGACCAACUGCUCUCAGCCCUCCGGACUCACCGGGUUCAAGUUCCACGGGCUCAUCCCGGGAAAGAGGUACCGGGUCCUGGUCCAGACCACCAGUGGGGGGGUCCACAGCCGGGCAGUCAGCACCGGGGCUCGAACACGUCCUGCUCCUGUCACUGAUCUCUCCAUCAAAGCCAACAGCACCACCUACCUUUCAUUCUGCUGGUCUCCACCGGACGGCGAGUUUGACUCCUACAAUGGCUUCUUGUAUCAAAGCGACGAGUCGCUGCAGGAGAGACGACUCGUCCAGUCCACUACUCAGCAGGUCUCCUUCCAGGGCCUCAGACCGGGGGCCCCAUACAGAGUGGUGGUGGUGACCCAGAGCGGGGAGCUGACCAGCCAGUCAGCUGUCUGGGCCCGGACAGUCCCAGCAGCCGUGGUGUCCCUGAGAGCUCAUGGUGGGAACCAGUCCGACGCUCUGCAGGUGGACUGGGGCCGAGGCAGUGGAGAUCUGAGCGGGUAUCUGCUAUCUCUCUACGACCCCGAAGGCGCUCUGAGGGCAGAGCACCAAGUAGGCUCUGAGGCCACGGGGUUCGUCUUCUCAGAUUUGGUGCCGGGCCGACUUUACCGAGCAGAGGUGCUGAGUCUCAGCGGGGGGCUCAGCAACCGAGCCAGCACCUUGGGGAGGACUGCUCCCAAACCUCCCAAAUCCUUCCUGUUCGGGGCGGUCACCAACACCUCACUGGAGGUCACAUGGAGUGGCCCGGUCAACUCCGACUUCGAUGACUUUGACCUGCAGUGGAUACCUCGAGACCGGCUGUCCGUCAUCGACCCGUACCAUAGCCGUACCUCUGGCAGUCGCAUCCUCAGGGGCAUGUUCCCGGGGAGGCUAUACACCUUCAGCCUCCGCAGCAUCAGUGGCUCCGUGGGUGGGGCUACAAUGGGCAAGGCCACGCCCACCUACAGCACAGCCAUUCACGGCAGCAUCCGGACUAAGCCGGAGCGGGUCCACAGCCUCCAUUGCCGGCCUCAGAGCUCCACCUCUAUCAGCUGCUCCUGGGGGCCCCCGGAGGCCGACUUUGACUCCUACACCAUUGAGUGUCUUCACCAGGAAUCACGGGUUCUCGUCUACUCGCGUAGAACUGGCAGAGACUCCGUCUCCUACCUGAUCACCCAGCUGGAGCCACACAAGCACUACGUUGUCUCUGUGAAGGUGAUCUCGGACCAGACCACCAGUGAGGAGGCCCGGGAGAGUGUGGUGACCAUGAUUGACCGUCCUCCGGUGCCGCCCCCCAGUACCCGGAUCAGUGACCGGACCGCCGUGGUCACCAGGUCCUCCAUUUUCUUCAGGUUUAACUGCAGCUGGUUCAGUGACGUCAAUGGAGCCAUCAGGUUCUUCACGGUGGUGGUGGCCGAGUCUCAAGGAGGAGAUGAGGAACAGCCAGACCAGCGGCACCCCCUCCCCUCCUACCUCCACUAUAAAUACAAUAGCUCCAUCAAAUCCUACCAGACCGGCUUCUUCCCCAGCCGCUGUUCUGAGGGUCCCGACAUCGGCUCCAUUGGCUUGGAGAUAAACGUGGGCUCAGGGAUGGACUCGCUGGGUGGUCCCUGUGACCCCCGUGAGUCAGUCCUGGAUCCAGAGACCAGGAGAGACCUGAACCUCUUCUGUGACGGACCACUGAAGCCCAGAACCUCCUACAGGCUCAGCAUCCGAGCCUUCACUCAGCUGUUUGAUGAAGACAUGAAGGACUUCAGCUCUCCUUUGUACAGCGACACUUUCUUGUCACUGCCUGUGGUCACCGAGGCAGAGCCCCUGAGCGGUGUUAUGGAAGGCAUCAGUGCCGCCAUGUUUCUCAUACUCAUGUUGGUGGGAGUCACCGCUGUACUGCUCUACAGACGAGCUGCUCGCAAACUAGUUCAAGACAGAUCGGCAGUCAGAAUGAAUGUGAGAAGAGAGACAACAACAUCAGGAGUCCACCUGGGAGCCAGAGGAAACCGUCGUGUCUCAAGUCCGAUCAGGAUUGUGAACUUUGAGAGUCACUACAACAAACUGCAGGCCGACUCCAACUACCUGCUCUCGGAGCAGUAUGAGGAUCUGAAAGAUGUUGGUCGUAAUCAGCCACUGGACUCUGCUCUGCUACCGGAGAACCGCGGCAAGAACCGGUACAACAACAUCCUGCCCUAUGACUCCACCAGGGUGAAGCUUUCCUACGUGGAUGAUGAUCCGUGGUCCGACUACAUCAACGCCAGCUACAUGCCUGGUAAUAACUUUCGGAGGGAGUACAUUGCAACACAGGGUCCUCUUCCUGGAACUAAAGAUGAUUUCUGGAAGAUGUUGUGGGAGCAGAACGUCCACAACGUAGUGAUGGUCACUCAGUGUGUGGAGAAAGGCAGGGUAAAGUGUGACCACUACUGGCCCUUCGAUCAGGACCCUCUGUACUACGGAGACCUCAUCGUCCAAAUGUUGUCAGAGUCGGUUCUUCCUGAGUGGACCAUACGAGAGUUCAAGAUCUGCAGCGAGGAGCAGCUGAGUUUCACCCGACUGGUGCGUCAGUUCCACUACACGGUGUGGCCGGAUCACGGAGUCCCAGAGAACACUCACUCCCUCAUCCAGUUUGUGCGGACUGUGCGGGACUUUAUCAACAGAAGUCCUGGAUCUGGACCUGCAGUGGUACACUGCAGUGCCGGGGUGGGUCGUACGGGGACCUUCAUCGUUCUGGAUCGAGUUCUGCAGCAGCUGGACACCAGAGACGUUCUGGACAUCUACGGCUCAGUCUUUGACCUGCGACUCCACCGGUCACACAUGGUGCAGACGGAGAGUCAGUAUGCGUACCUCCAUCAGUGUGUACACGACGUUCUUAGAGCCAGGAAGCUCCACUGUGAGCAGGAGAACCUCCUCUACCCCAACUAUGCAAAUGUCAACCACAAGCCCGAAAGAGAAACCCUCUGCAGACGUUAAAGAUUCUAUACUGAUCAAUAUGAUCAAUGUGAUCGUUAUGUUAGACUAUUGAUCAAUGCUUUCUAUUCUAUUCUAUUCUAGGCUAUUUAUGUAAAAUGCAGAAUUCAUAUUCAACUGAACUGUAAAUUUACUUCAUAUCUGUAUUUGUAUAUAUUUCGUUAUAUAUAGAUUUAUUUCUAACUUAUGUUUUUAUUGUGUUGUAUUUUAGAUUUCUGUUAUUACAGUUAUUAUAUAAAAUAAUCACACAAAAGGAAGUACGUAUAUUUGAUCAAAAUGUAUUAAUGUUUUGAAGGUAAAAUGAUUUCCUUUAAUUAUGAAUGUAUGUAUCAAAUAUUUUCAGAAAAAUCUACUGUAUUUUGUUUUUAAUGAACAUGUGAGAGCAGUUAAUUAAACACCACAGAAGAAGUA